UUCGGUUGCUAUGGGCGGGACAUGGAGUGUCCGGGAUCUCAGGUGGGAAGCGCGGGGCUUUUGUAAAUAAGUGAUAUUCUGAGCGGUAGAGGAGCGCAGGAACCGGUAACCGGAGGUGUCCUGAGAGUUUAUUGAGCGGCGAUGGAGAAGAAAAGCCCGGAUCUGCCGCCGGUGUUCUCUGCUCCUGCCGGAAUGGGUCCCAGCGGGUUAAUACCCCCAUCCCAUUUUGAGACGCGUAGGCGGCUGUCCGUUCCACCCCCUCCGGUGGUCGUUCCGCCGCCUCAACCACCCCCUCUGGUUUAUGAGCCGUGGGCCGAUGUGGCUGGGGAGCUGGCGGAGCUGCGGAAAGAGAACGAGGAGCUGAAGAAGAGAUGGGCGCGAGGAGACGGCGCCAGAGCCAGGUCCCUGGAUCGUCACCAGCCGAGCGCGCCGGCCGCAGAGUCGCAGGCCCUGGGGAUCAUCUCUCAGCAGAUGCAGGAGAUCCGCCGGCUGGAGCUGGCCGUGGCUGACGCCCACGAGACGGAGGAGAAGCUGGCGAGGCUGGCCCAGGAGAUGCAGGAGCUGAGACGGGCGCUGAGAGACAGCAAGCAAGCCGAGGACCGGCAGAGACUGGCUGGAGAAGUCGCCGCUCGGCAGCACCGGGAGGAGUUGCUGAUGAUGUCAGAGCGUCACACGGCGGAGGCAGAGACCCUAAGAAGCCGGCUGCUGGCGCUCGAAGCGGAACUGAAGGAGGGGAGAGAGGAUCAGCAGCAGGAAGUGACACGUCUCAGAGGCGACCUGCAAGCAGCCAAUCAGGCGAGAGAAAGACUGGCUGAACAGCUAAGUCAAUCACAGCUGGAGCUGGCUUCCCAGAAUUCCCUGGUUCAGCAGCUGAGGACGUACAUCGGGGAGCUGGUCCCCGACAACGGGAAGCUCGAGGAACAGAAGAGAGAGCGAGCGGAGCUUCAGAAUACCAUACAGGCUUUGGAGAAGGAGCGAGACGCUCUGCAGACGUCCGUAUCUCUUGUGCACACGCGCCUCUCCUCCCUCACCACCAUCCUCUCCCUUCAGGAAUCCGAGCUGUGCAAGAAGGGAGUCCACGGAGAUGCUGAGAAGACCCGGCUGCUGUUAUCGCGUUGGAGGGAGAAGGUUUUCUCGCUGAUGGUCCAGAUGAAGUCGGAGGAAAUCAACAAGGAGAACGACAGCCGGAAAAUCCGAGAGAAGAUCCUGAGUCUGGAGCGAUCCCUGGAGGAGAGCGAUCAGAAGCAAACGCUGCUCUCUCACUCGCUGCAGGACCGGACAGCGGAGCUGGAGAUGGAGAAAGUCCGGAACGAGUCUCUACAGGACGAGCUGCGUGCGGCGCGCACCGCGUGUGAUCUCGUGGGCCGCAGAGCGGAAAAGGCAGAGAAGACUUCGCUCCGGCUGAAGGAAACGGUUGACCUGUUUGUGCAGGCGAUGUCCGCGCAGGAGGAGACCCUGAAGGCUGCCCUGUCUCGCCUGGCGACGCUAAGUCAGAGGGUCUCGUUUGCAGCCAAGAGGGUGGACGCCAUGCAGGGUUUGGUUGCGCAGAGACUCGCUCUGGAGAAACUGUCCCAGGUGGAGAAAGCCAAGGACGCGGCGGCAGAACCUGACAUACGCCGACCUUCCUACGAGGAUCUGGAGGUAGAGGUGAAAUUCUUACACGAAGAAAGAGACCGGCUGAGUACGGAACUGAAACGCAGCGCUCUGCUGAUAGAAGGGAGAGUGAGAGAGGCGAGAGAGAGAGUGGAAGCGGAGUUGGCGGAAUCCCGGCACGCGGCUUCUCUUCUCCGCCAGUCUCUCUGCGAGACGGAAGGGAAAGAGCAGGAGCUGAGAUGCCAACUGCUGGAGACGGAGCGGAGACGCCAGGAAGCCGGCGAGGAUGCGGCCCGACUCCGGGAGCAGCUGCAGAGGCAGCAGGGAGAGUACGAGACGGAGCUGCAACGCAAAGUGAGCGACGUGGAGGAGAAGAUGACGCAGCGACUGUCUCAGAUGGAGAAACACCUUCAGGAAGCAAGAAGAGAGCACACGAAAGCAGUGGUCGCCCUCCGUCAGGCCGAGCGCCAGAUGCAGAGGGAUAAAACGCGGAGUCAGGAAACGUUGCGCACGUUGGAGGACGCAGGCCGCUUACGCGAGGAGCAGCUCAGCCAGCAGCUACGGGAAGCGGAACGGGACAAAAACCUGAUGAUCGCCACGCUGAGACAGGAGGGGCUCCUCACCGCGUUCCAGAGGAACCGGACGGCCGCCGUUCAGCCCCCGGCGAGCCAGGAGGAGGGAAGGAGAGCGGCCGGGGCGUCAGGGCGAAGCUCCGCACCUGUCUGCAAAGAAUCCAUUUCAACGAUGCUGGCCAAUCUUCAGAGCCUAGGAAACACCCUCUUAACAGAGGAAGAUGAUGAUGAUGAUGAUGAUGAUGAUGAUGAAGAGGAGGAAAUAAAGCUUAAUCCAUAGAUGAGACCAAGACUUGGUUUAUAACGUCAGACGAUACGAGGAGACAUCACGACCUCCUGAGACAGUCUGGUGGAGGCAACGCGCGGACGAAGACGGGGAGAACCGAGCUGGUUCUGCUCGCCAUUCCUCUUCCUGCCACAAGGGGGAGCCCAAAACCCAACUGCCACCGGUUACAGCAGAUUCUGGACAGUACUAACUCCUAAUUCUCAUCCCGUCUAAUAACCGAUUAACGUCGCUCCAGGUCAUCGCGUAAUAAAUUAUUCACAAAUCCUGGAAA